AUGAGGGACGAGGAGGAUGAUGACGAGGAUGAAGAUGAGGCUGAGGAUGAGGAUAAAGAUGAAGAUGAGGUUGAGGAUGAGGAUCAGGAUGAGGAUGAGGUUCAGGAUCAGGAUCAGGCUGGUGAUGAGGAUGACGAUGUGGAUGCUGAUGAGGAUGAUGAUGAAGAGGAUGAGGAUGAUGAUGAUGAUGAUGAUGACGAUGAUUAUAAUGAUGAUGACGAUGAUGGUGAGGUUGAUGAUGAGGAUGAUGAUGAUGGUGAUGAGGAUGAGGAUAUGCACGAGGAUGAGGAUGAUUAUGAUGAUGACGAUGAUGAGGAGGAGGAGGAUGGGGAUGAUGACGAUGAUGCGGAUGAGGAUGAGGAUAAGGAGGACGAUGAGGAAGAUGAUGAUGAACAUGAUGAUGAUGAUGAUGAUGAUGAGGUUGAUGACGAUGAUUAUGUUGAUGAUGAUGAUGUUGAUGCAGAUGAUGUUAAUGAUGACGAUGAUGAUUAUGAGGUUAAGGCCGAGGAUGAGGAUGAGGAUGAUGAUGAUGAGGAUGGGGAUGAGGAUGAGGAUGAGAAUGAGAAUGAGGAUGAGGAUGAUGAUGAGGAUGAUGUUGAUGAUGAAGAGGAGGAGCAGGAUGAUGAUGAGGAUGAUGAUGAUGAGGAUGGGGAAGAUGAUGAAGACGAGGAUGAGGAUGAAGAUGAGAGUGAGCAUCGGGAUGAGGAAGAGGAUGAGGAUGAUGAUGAGGAUGAGGAUCAGGAUGAGCAUGAUGACCUGGAUCAGGAUGAGGAUGAGGAUGAGGAUGAGGAUGACGACGAUGAUCAUGAAGGCGAGGAGGAUGAUGAUGAGGAUGACGAUGAGGAUGAGGUUGAGGAUGAGGAUGAAGAUGAGGAUGAGGACCAGAAUGAGGAUGAGGAGGAUGAUGAUGAUGAUGAUGAUGAUGGUGACGACGAUGAUGAUGAUGAUGAUGAUGAUGAUGAUGAGGAUGUGGAUGGUGAUGAUGAUGAGGGUGGGGAUGAAGAUGAGGAUGAGGAUGAUGAUGAUGAUGAUGAUGAUUACGUUGAUGAUGAUAAUGAUGAUGAUGAUGAUGGUGAUGAGGAAGAGGUGGAGGAGUAUGAGUAUGAGGCUGAGGAUGAACAUGAGCAUGAGGAUGAGGAUGAGGAUCCGAAUGAGGAUGAGGAUGAGGAUGAGCAUGAUGCAGAUGAAACGGAUUAUAAUGUUGAUGAUGAUGAUGAUGAUGAUGAUGUGGAUGAGGAUGAUGAGGAUGAGGAUGAAAAUGAAUAUGACAAUGAUGAUGAUGAUGACGAUGCGGUGGAAGAGGAUGAUGAGGAUGAUGAUGAUGAGAAUGAGGAUGAGGAUAUUGGGGAUGAGGAAGUGGAUGAGGAUGAUGGUAAGAAUGAUGAUGAUGAUCCUGAUGAGGCUGAUGAUGAGGAUGAUGAUGAUGAUGCACAUGAAGACGAUGAGGAUGACUUCGAAGAUGUGGAUGAGGAUGAGGAUGAAAAUGAUGAUGAGGAUGAGGAUGCGGAUGAUGAUGAGCAUGAGGAUGAGGAUCAGGAUGAGUACUAG